AGUGGGGCUGGAAGGGAAAAGUCCCGCAGGCGGAAAGAAAAGCAACAUAAUAUUUUUUGCAAUAUAUAUUUUUAAUAUAUAUAUUUUUGCAAAAGGGACUCACUUCAGUUGGUGGGAUCAUGGAGCGUUUCCACCCGCGAUCCGGAUCCCCUCCGCCGGGCUUGACGUCAGCAGGACCCCCCUCUUGCUGCAGCAGCAGAAGCCCCCCACCUCCACCUCCUCCUCCUCUUCCUCCUCUUCCUCCUCCUCUGGGCUUCUUUUGCAAGCCUUCCACGCAGAAACACCACGGAGGAGGAGGAAGCAGCAACAGCAGCAACGCCGUUUACACCGUGCUGGUGGAGGAUCCGGCGUCACUCCGGAGGCGAGCUUUGCAGAAGAGUCCCACUCAUAUCAACGGAGAGGCAUUUCUGGGAGAAGGCGAAUUGCUGGACAGACGGAGUGAGGCCCUCUCCGACCCAUUGGUGCUGAAGCAGCCGGAGGAGGACGCGGCGGCGGCGGCUGUGCGGCUUUUGGACCAGAUCCCUCUGCACCAUUCAGCCUACAUCCCUGUGCCCAGGCAAAGGAGACUCUCCGAGAAGGCAGGGAUCGACGAGGUUAUGGCGGCCGCGGUCCUGACAAGCUUGUCCACCAGCCCGGUUGUGCUCAACAACACAGAGAUCCGCUGUGACGCCUGGAAGGAAGGGCCGGCCAUGUCCUCCAGCUACAGCAGCGGCAGCAACGCCAGCGGCGAGUGGAGCUGGGACCCCCCCAGUGACCUCUCCACCCCUUCCACCCCCUCGCCGCCCCUCUCCACGGACAUCACCACCAGCUUCCUCUCCUCUCUCCAGGCCGACCUCGAGGAGACCGAAGCGAGCCACUUCCUCUUUGGGGACCCCAUCCCCAGGAAGCGGAAGAACUCCACCAAAGUGAUGUUCAAGUGCUUAUGGAAGAACUGUGGGAAGGUGCUGAGCAGCUCGUCUGGAAUGCAGAAACAUAUCAGGACCAUCCAUUUGGGGCGCAAAGCCGAUCUCGACCAGAGCGACGGGGAAGAGGACUUCUAUUACACCGAGCUGGACGUCAACGUGGACUCCCUGACGGACGGCCUCUCCAGCCUGACGCCCGUCUCACCCACCUCCUCUGUGCCACCCGCCUUCCCCAUCCUGGAGGAGGGCCCACAGACCCUGCCCAUCCCCUUCAAACCAGAGGUCUCCUCGAUGCCUCAUUUGAGCCAGCUGACACCUGUGACCAUGCUGAGCCAGUCAGCGCCCACCAGCCUGUGCCAUGUCCAGAGCGACCAUGCGUACCAGGCUAUGGGUCCUUCUGGGACGCUUGUGGAUAUGAAAGCCCCGUCCCCUGGCAUGGAAAUCAGCAUAUCGUGGCAGCCACCAACCUUUUUCCCACCCCCUUUGCCUCCCGUCCUGUUUAAAAACCCCUCGGGCUGCUUAACUCCCAUCCGGCCUGCUGACCUGGGAGAGAAGCGUCCACAAGUCCCUCCCGUGCCCAUUGCCAAAGGACACCCCCUUGUGCCCUCUUGCAUGCCAAAGCCAGCCACGGGCACACGGAAGCCGCGAGGGGAGGCCAAGAAGUGCCGGAAGGUGUACGGGAUGGAGAACCGCAACAUGUGGUGCACGGCCUGUCGCUGGAAGAAGGCCUGCCAGCGGUUUGUCGACUGAGUGCCGCCUCAUCCAUCCGUCCGUCUGCCCCUCUCUUCCGGUCCCGCUCUCGGUCCUCCCGUGUUUUGCACUUCCAUGCCUCCAGCCUGUCCGUCCCGCUCCUCUUUCCUGGCAACUCCGCCACCGCCGCUCCCCAGUCCCUCGCACAAAAAGAUGGGGAGCGGGUGGGUUUCCCCGUUGUGCCUUGGCUCAGGAAGGAAGGCGUCUGGGGCGCCGACAGCCACGGAGCGGGUAGCUUUGCAGAGACAGAGGCACUGCAGUCCUCGGUGGAGAAGCCGUGCCGGUUUUCCAACAUUCGUAUAUUUUUUAACAUCUGGACUCACGGCAGCGCUAUCCGCUCCUGCAUAUGAGAGUUGAGCCUUUUGUCAAAAUCAAAAUAAGCUAUUUCUUUCCCCGUCCCUUCUCCCGUCCUUCCUUCCCAACCCAUUUUGGGAUCUCACAGCCUUUAAGGUUCCCAAGCGAGGGAGAAUUAGCAAAUUCCUAAGGGAAGGAAGGAUAUGGCUGCUGGAGCCAAAAAAGCCACACCAGCCAAAGGCUGCUCCUUUUUAUUUCCUAGCCUUGAGUAGUGAGCAAGGGCUAUCCAAGAACAAUGACUGGUUUUGUCCCGGAUUUUUUUUCUUCUCUCUACUUUUAAAGCUUUGGUGUUUUGAGACUCACGACAAACAACGAGGCGUUGGAAAGACAACGUUGCAUUACUCUUUUCCUACUUUUCAUCCCCAAUUUUUGGUGCAACGAGCUUCUCGGAAAAAUGGGAUUUUCUAGGUUUGUUUUCAAUCCGGAGCUGAGAUGUCUUGUCCAGGAAACAGAAGUGAAUGGAUGGAUGAAUCUACCUGGGAACCUGUUUUGUUUUUCCUUUUCCUUCCUGCUUUGUAUCCUCACUUCCUGUCCAUUUGUCCUCCUUCCUUUGCCUGGAGAAGCAGGCUCAGCUAUAGGAAAUCCGUCAUAUUUUCCGAACGGCCUCUUUGUGAAAUGAAUGCCUCUGUUUCUGGCAAGGAAUAAGCUAUUCACUGCAAGGCCUGCCUUGCCUUUUCCGAAUUUGCACCCGUAAGUGACGCUGACCACACAAAGGGACACUUCAACAUCCAGAUGUGCAAUCCCGGACUCGGAUUUGUGACAAAUUAGCUGGCGGGGAAGUCGGAGAUGGAUCCGUUGCGGAGUUUGUUGUCUCGGCACCGUAUCGGCAGUGCCAAAAUUCACCCCGCCGCUCGCUCGCUCUAGCUUGAAGUUGUAUCUUGGAAUCAGGAUUUAAUUUGUUUUUUCUAAAGAGGAAAUUGUAUAAUCAUCUGUCUACAUCUCUUUUGAGUUGUCACAGCAGGAAAUCUUGCCAAAUGUCGGAACGUGGAA